AUGGAGCGGAGCGCGGCGACAGCUGUAUGGCGGCUCCGCGCGACCGGCGGUCACCGGGAACGCGACCGUCGCCACCUGUCGCCACGGGAGGACGGCGACUGCGACGUGGGCGAGAAGAAGCAGGGCGGGUCGCGGCGGCAGCUUCUGCCGCUGCCCGAGGAGUGGGGGGCCCCGCUGGUGCUUCUGUACCUCCUGGGGCUGCGGGCGCUGGUGCACAUUUCGCACCGGCAGCUGCUGAUGCAGCCGUCCGCCGCCGGGCCCUAUGAUUUCAGCGCCCCUCGCGCCAGGGCAUAUCUUGACAACAUAACAGCAAUUUGGCCCAGAACAGUUGGAAGUCCAGAAAAUGAAGUUCUUACAGUUAACUACCUCUUAGAACAAAUUGAGGCAAUAGAAAGAGAAACCACAGAUGCUCACAAGAUAUCUGUAGAUAUACAGAGGCCCACAGGCUCCUUCAGCAUUGACUUUUUAGGAGGCUUUACUAGUUAUUAUGCAAACAUAACCAAUGUUGUAGUGAAGCUGGAACCUCGAAAUGGAGCUCAGCAUGCAGUAUUAUCCAAUUGUCACUUUGAUUCUGUACCAAAUACCCCGGGUGCCAGUGAUGAUGCUGUUAGCUGCGCAGUGAUGCUUGAAAUACUUAACACACUUUCAAAAUCAUCAGAGCCCUUGCAGCAUGCUGUCAUAUUCUUAUUUAAUGGUGCAGAAGAAAAUAUUUUGCAGGCUAGUCAUGGCUUCAUUACACAACAUGAGUGGGCAAAGUCAAUUAGAGCUUUCAUUAACCUGGAGGCAGCAGGUGUAGGAGGAAAAGAACUUGUUUUUCAAACAGGACCUGAGAAUCCUUGGUUGGUGCAAGCAUAUGUGGUUGCAGCCAAACAUCCCUUUGCCUCUGUAGUGGCACAGGAAAUAUUCCAGAGUGGCGUUAUCCCAGCAGAUACAGACUUUCGUAUCUACAGGGACUUUGGCAAUGUGCCAGGAAUAGAUUUGGCUUUUAUCGAAAAUGGUUACAUUUAUCAUACAAAAUAUGACACAUCGGACAGAAUUUUAACAGAUUCCAUUCAGAGAGCAGGUGACAAUAUUCUAGCUGUCCUAAAAUACCUAGCAACAUCAGAUAAAUUGGCUAAAUCUUUUGAGUAUCGACACGGAAAUGUUGUGUUCUUUGAUGUACUUGGUUUAUUUGUCUUGGCUUAUCCGGCUCGUGUUGGCACUAUUGUGAACUACAUUACUGCAGCAAUUGCUUUUCUUUAUUUAAGCAAGAAAGUAUUACAGGCCAAAACCAGAGGUAUUGACAACCUGAAGAAAUUAUUUACUGCAUUUGGCUUAACACUCCUAAGCUGGCUCUGCACACUAGUGGCAGUCCUUAUGGUGGCAGUGUUUGUCUCUGUCAUUGGGCGGUCUCUUUCUUGGUACACGCAUUUCUAUGUUUCUGUGUUUCUGUAUGGCACAGCAGCUGCAGCUAAGCUCAUUCUUGUGCAUACACUAAUCAAGAAAUUCUUCUACAAGAAUAUGAAUAAGCAGUACCUGGGAGAUACGUUUUUUGAUGCCUCAUUGAUGAUUUGGUCGAUAGCAUUGGCUGUCUUUACUCAGAUGGGCCUUUGUUCAGCAUACAUUUGUACAUUAUGGGUAGCAUUUCCUUUACUGGCUAAACUGAUGAUCCAUAGAGAAUUCAGCCAAAAAGGUGCUACAAUUAAGUUUGUCAUGAUCUAUAUGCUGGGAAUGUUUGUUCCCUAUCUAUAUAUGCUAUAUAUUAGUUGGACUGUAUUUGAAAUGUUUACGCCCAUCAUGGGUCGAAGUGGUUCAGAAAUUCUACCAGAUGUGGUGUUGGCAGGAUUUAUCGUGGUCUUCACUGUGAUUCUGUCAUCCUAUUUUAUUAACUUCAUUUACCUUGUCAAAAGUACAAAAACGACGCUAGUAACUUUAAGUGCUGUGUUUGUAGUCACUCUGAUUCUCGUUUGUAGUGGAAUCUUCUUUCCUUACAGUUCUGAUGCUGCUAAUCCAAAGCCUAAGCGAGUCUUUCUCCAGCACACAAGCAGAAGAUUUCAUGACCUAGAUGGAAAUCUGGUUAAAAGUGACUCUGGUAUAUGGAUUAAUGGUUUUGAUUAUAAUGGAAUAUCUCAUAUAACUCCCCAUGCACCUGAAAUCAAUGACACCAUUAGAACUCCGUGUGAGGAGCAGGCUCCUUUCUGUGGUCUUCCUUGGAUUCUGCCAGUGCAUUUCAUGUUCCGAAAAAACUGGUAUCUUCCUGCUCCAGAAAUGAUUCCAAGAAGACCUAUUCACUUUAAAGUUCUGUCCAAGGAUCAGAUAUCCUCAAACUCCAUGAGGUUAAGCUUUGAAGUAACUGGUCCAAGUCACAUGUCUUUGUAUGUGCGGCCGCAUGAAGGGUCGGCUCUGGCCACCUGGUCUCUUGGGGAUGGCGUGCCAGUUGCUAGCAUAGGAGGAGACUACUUUGUGUUUUACUCCCAUGGGCUGCAGGCUACACCAUGGCGCUUCUGGGUAGAACUGAGGGUCCCAGAAGAGCAUCCCGAUGGAAUAGUCUCCCUUGCCAUAGCAGCACAUUACGUUUUUGGGGAGGAUCAAAAGUCACCUCAACUCAGUGCCUUACUGGAGAGUUUUCCAAACUGGACAUUUUCUUCUGGUUGGUCCUGCACUUAUGACCUUUUUGUCUUCUAAUGUUGACAGUA